AGCGGGCCAACUCACCAACCCAUCAAAACCCUAAAAUGCCCAUAGAGAAAACCCUAACCUCAUCUCAUAUAUUGUUCUCUCUCUCUGCCACUUCCCAUUCUAGGGUUUCACAUCCAGAGUCCAGCAAUCUCCCGAGCCAUUUCACCAUCCCAACCGAGUCGCGAAGAUGAGUCGAGGAGCAGCAGCUGGAGCGAAGGGGAAGAAGAAGGGAGCGACGUUCGUGAUUGACUGUGCGAAGCCGGUGGAGGAUAAGAUCAUGGAGAUCGCAUCACUGGAAAAGUUCCUCCAGGAAAGAAUCAAGGUCGGCGGCAAGGCCGGUGCUCUCGGAGACUCCGUCACCGUCACUCGUGAAAAGAGCAAGAUCACCGUCACCUCCACCGACAACUUCUCCAAACGAUAUCUUAAAUACUUGAUAAAGAAGUACUUGAAGAAGAACAAUGUGAGGGAUUGGCUUCGUGUAAUUGCUUCCAACAAAGACCGGAAUGUUUACGAGCUGCGGUACUUCAACAUUGCGGAGAAUGAAGGGGAAGAUGAAGAGUGAUGAUAAAUCCCUGUUUACCUCAUUAUCUAUUUUGCUUGGCUUGACUUGACUUCACUGUUUUUAGACCUAGCUUAUGACUUUCAGCUGUUGAAUCUAUCAACCCAUUGGGGUUGUUUGGUAGUUUUUCCCAGUUAUGCUCUGUUGAAAUUUUGUUUACUGAUUUUGGGUCUAUGAUUUUUCUUAAAAUGGACAUAUUAAAUCCAAUAUAUUUUUCUAAGAAUUUAUUUGUGAAAGUGAUCAUUAA